AUGGAAAAGACGGGAAAAGAGAAGGAGACAAUCAAAGGUUAUGCGCAUCGGAGUAGCCAAGAGAAGGAUGAGGUUAAGUACGACUGUGAUUUUAAGAUUCCAAAAGAUUUUGGGGGCAUUGGAGCUGUAUUGGUGGAGAAUGAACACCACAAUGAGAUGUACCUCAAGAGCAUUGUCUUUGAUGGAUUAGCCCAAGGCGUGCUAAACGUCACCUGUAACUCAUGGGUUGCUCCCAAGUCUGAUAACUCCGAGAAGAGAAUUUUCUUCACCAACAAGGAGAAAGAACUAGAAAAUCUAAGAGGAAAUGGCCAAGGUGAACGCAAGACAAAUGACAGGAUUUAUGAUUAUGAUGUUUACAAUGAUCUUGGAGAUCCCGACUCUAAACCUGAACUAAAGCGCCUGUCCUGGGUGGGAAACAACAUCCUUACCCUAGACGUUGCAGAACUGGCCGACCACACUGCAAGACUGAUCCAUCGUCGGAGUCAAGGAGUGGUAGUAUUUACGUGCCUAGAGACGAGGCCUUCUCAGAGACCCGACCUCGGCUUUGCAACCUUUACGGACAUAGAAUCCUUGUUCAAUGAAGGGAUUCAUGUUCCACCCCUCUCCAAAAAUGGGUUUUUGAAGGAUCUCUUCCCUAGGAUACUCAAGUCUAUUACCGAUACUCAGGAAGAGGUGAUACGAUUUGACACCCCCAAAGACUAUAAAUUAACGCAUUACCUAUCAUCAUCCUCCAUCUCUGCUGCUUCUUCUCUAAGUCACGGAGAUAGAUUUUCUUGGUUUAGAGACGAGGAGUUUGCCCGCCAGACUCUUGCUGGUGUGAAUCCGUACAGCAUACAGUUGGUCAAGGAAUGGCCAUUGAUGAGUAAACUAAAUCCGGAGAUAUACGGUGCACCUGAAUCAGCAAUCACCACAGAGAUAAAGGGCUUCAUGACCCUUGAAGAGGCCUUGCGACAAAAGAAGCUAUUUAUGCUGGAUUACCAUGAUCUACUUCUUCCCUACGUGAAGAAGGUAAGAGAGAUCAAAGGAACGACCCUUUACGGAUCAAGGACAUUGUUCUUCCUAACUCCAGAUGGGACCUUGAUGCCAUUAGCCAUUGAACUUACUCGGCCUCCACUGGACGGUAAACCUUUGUGGAGGCAAGUCUUCACUCCUUCCUCCUGUGAUGCUACGGCUGCUGGCUUUGGAGGCUGGCCAAGACUCAUGCUAAGAACUCAUUGUGCCACUGAGCCUUAUAUAAUUGCGACUAACCGGCAACUUAGCGCUCUGCACCCUGUAUACAGACUAUUGCACCCUCAUUUCCGAUACACAAUGGAGAUCAAUGCUUUGGCUCGAGAAGCUCUCAUCAAUGCUGAUGGGAUCAUCGAGUCAUCAUUCUCGCCAGCCAAGUAUUCCAUGGAAAUUAGCUCUGUUGCUUAUGACCAGCAGUGGCAAUUCGAUUUGCAGGCACUGCCGGCAGAUUUGAUUAGCAGGGGAAUGGCUGUGGAGGAUUCAACCGCUCCACAUGGCCUGAAACUAACAAUCGAAGACUACCCUUUUGCAAAUGAUGGUCUUCUCCUCUGGGAUGCCAUUAGGCAGUGGGUUACAGAAUAUGUCAAACACUAUUACCCAGAUGAAGGCCUUGUAAAAUCUGAUGAAGAGCUUCAAGCAUGGUGGACAGAAAUUCGAACAGUAGGUCAUGCAGACAAGAAAGAUGCUCCAUGGUGGCCGGUGCUAAAUACUUCAGAUGACCUAAUUGGCAUACUCACAACCAUUAUAUGGGUUGCAUCUUGUCACCAUGCGGCCGUCAACUUUGGUCAGUAUGCUUUUGGAGGCUAUUUCCCUAACAGACCAACCAUUGCUAGAAGGAAAAUGCCACAUGAAGACCAGACAGAUGAAGAAUGGAGCCAUUUUUUAAAAAAGCCAGAAGUUGAACUCUUGUUAUGCUUUCCUUCACAAAUACAAGCUACAAAAGUUAUGGCUGUCCUUUACCUAUUGUCCAGUCAUUCUGUAGAUGAGGAGUAUCUUGGAGAGGAGAAUGAGUCAUCGUGGGCAGAAAAUCCAAAGAUAAAGGCAUCCUACGCCUAG